CCUCAACCUCAAGACGGAUGAUGGCUUCCACAUCCGGAGCAACCAAAGAGCAACUUCAAGCUUUACAAGAAUACACAGCCUGUGACAUAGCCGAUGCGCUCCUAAAGCUCAAAGUCCCCAAUGCCGGUUUCCUCUCUGAUCUCCACCUCUUCGCACCACACACAUCAUCCAUCAAAACAGAAAUCACAAUAGCACCAGCAUCCACCGUCAUCUUUGCUUCAAAACACGAAAGCAAUGCCUCAGAUGUGCCGGAAGCAAAUAUCCCGGCGGGCAAGCAUUGGGUUGACCUCACGCAGCCGGAGACGAUUGUGGUUAUGAAGCAGCCUGAGGGUCAGAAAUGCGCUAUUAUUGGUGGGAUUAUGGCGUUGAGGAUGAAAGUUUUAGGUGCGAGGGGUGUGGUUGUGAAUGGGAGGGUGAGGGAUUUGGUCGAACUGAAGGAGACCGGGCUGCCGAUAUGGGCAAAAUCAACUUCCAUCGUGGGAACAGGUCUGGAGGCUAAACCCCACGCUGUUCAAAUACCUCUCGAUAUCGAUGGCACCAUCGUCGAGCCCGGGGAUCUAGUAUUUAGCGAUGCCACAAAUGGUGUUGUGAUCAUCCCUCGGGACAAUGUUGGCAAGGUAAUCGAGAUGCUACCUGGUCUUGUUGGAGCAGAUGAUCAUGUCAAGGAAGAUGUUGCCCAAGGGGUGACUGUCCAGGAAGCGUUUAAGAAACAUAGAGGAGCAUAAUGAGAACAAGGUCCU